GGCGCUGCGCAGGUCCCUCGGCGUCGCCCUUUCGACUUGAACCUCGCGGGCAGGAUCAUGCGGGCGCGCCCCUGCUGGACGCUGCGCGCGGGGCUGCUGCUGCUCCUGGCCGCGCCGGAGGCGGAGGGCGGCUGCGCGGCGCUGGGGCGCUGCUGCGCGGGCCGGAGCAUGGCGUGCGUGAGCGCCGGCUGGAGGGCGGACGGGUCCCACGGGCCCUGCUACUGCGACCAGGCGUGCCCUUACACCUUGGACUGCUGCCAGGACUACCGGCAGGUGUGCCCAGUGAUCUCCUGCGUGGUCUCUGAGUGGAGCGAAUGGAGCAGCUGUGCGGAGACUUGCAAGGCAGCGUUCCGCGUGAGGAGGAGGCGCAUCAUCCGGGAGCCAAGAAAUGGCGGCGAAGCCUGCCCUCCUCUCGAGGACAAGGCUGGCUGUUUUGAGUAUUGGACUCGGGAAGGAACAGAGUGCAAGCAGCCCUUCAUCCCAGCGUUAAUAACCACUGGAGGCUAUGGGAAAGCAAGGAGAAAGCGAGCUGUGUCCAUUGAGAAUGAAAGAGCCGGGUACUGUGUCGAAUUUCAGCUCAUGGCCAUCACAGAAGGGUGCCUGCGUGGGAACAGCUCUUACACUCACUGGAUGAAGUAUCUCAGCGAAGGACACCUGGUGUGUGUUGAGUGCCAGCCCCCAGCUUUGGAUUCCAGGAACCUGCACUGCUCAGGGGAUGGCAGCGGAGCCAAAAAGAACCAGCUACUGCACUGGCAGGCUGUAGGAAACCCAAGAUGCAGAGGGACCUGGAAGCGAGUUCGCCAGCUGCACACUUGCUCCUGCCCUUCUGUCCACAGCUUCCUGUUCAUCUGACUUUCACGUAGUUGUCCCUCUGCCUUGAGCCUGCAUCUCCUCCUUGGUUCUCCUUAAUAGAAGUUCAGCUGUGAACAGCCACAGUUGCGAUGCCAACGGAUAUAUUCUAAGAUCAAGGGUACUUGCUCCUUUUAAGGAUCUGUCACUUGGUGACACAGGAUGUUCUCCUUGAGACUCAAGCUGAAGUUAUUGGUAUGUUAAAGAAGCAGGAAAUCUGUGCAGGAGAGACCUGGGAGAGUAGGGUUUGAGGCUGGCAGGCCAACAAGACCAUGCUGACAAGUGAGCAGUAGAGAUCAAAACCUAGGGAGAACCCUUGGAUUGGACCAUAGACCCAUCUUGUCCAGCAUCCUGUUCUCACAGUGGCCAACCAGAUGCCUGUGAGAUGGGUGAGCUCAUCCCAAACUUGGGUUGAUUCUGAAAUGUGCUG